UUUUCCUGUACCCCCUUAUGUAUCUAAAGGAUGUGGGCAUGAACAUGAUUAGACUCCGAUAAUGAACCGCUAAGCCCUGAGGAAAAAUAUAUUGUAUAUGUGUGGGGUGUUAUUGUUUCUUUUUUUAUUAUAAACAAGCACAGUUAAACAAAUACACGAAAAUGCCUUUUGGGUUUUUUGCAUCAGAACAUAGUGACCAAGGCUUGAUGGAUGACGGUAGUUGGCAAUAUUUUGGUUUAAGCAAGACUCAGCGUCUUUAUGCCUUUGGUAUAUCAUUCGUUAUUGGCGCUAUCAUAUCCAUUUUCUCUACGUUGUUACUUCUUACUAUGAAUACUACUGGAUUUGCCAUCUUGUAUAGUAUUGGAAAUAUUGUCUCUAUACUCAGUUUAACAUUCAUCAUUGGGCUCAAGAAGCAAUUCAAAACUAUGUUUGCCCCAGUUCGUUUCUGGGCAACGGUUAUAUACCUUGCACUUUUGGUAUUAACGCUUGUUCUCUCCAUCAAAAUCCACAAUCUUGCUCUUUCCUUAGUACUCGUCAUUGUUCAAUUUGGCGCCUUGGUUUGGUACUCCGCAAGUUAUAUUCCAUACGGACGUGAAAUCAUUAGACGUUUCUUUGGAAGUUGUAUUACAUCUAUAUAACCAGCUUACUCGAAUAAAACGGACAAAAGAAUGAAUAAUAGAAAAAAUAUUUGUUUUGUGCUUAUAUGAAAUUCAAAAUACAACAUUCUCUACUAUCAAAUUCAUACAAGAAUACCCUAUGCAUUGAAUAAGCCUGUCAGGGAAAC